GUUGGCGACUAGUCCAGUCGCCGAACGGACACCUCGAACGGACACCUUUCGUCCUCAAUAGACACACCGAAUUGGCGACUAAUCCAGUCGCCGAACGGACACCUCGAACUUCAACUCUCGGACAAGAGGCAUGGGUCGCCAUUUUGGAGGCCCUCCUAAGAAAGUUGAACGGUCGUACGAUGACUCUAACCACGAGACGUCCGAUGAGGACAACGUCGACACUCGCAAAAUCGAGUGCAAACACCCAGGCUGCAAGUACCGCACCAACCGGAGUAGCAACAUGGCCCGACACGUGAACGGGAAACACGGAGACCUACUCAAACCGCGAAAAUGCUGCGGCCAGGAGUUUGGAAGCAGGUUCGCCAUGGAUACACACCGCGACCUGGUUCACCGCAAAGACGGCAGAGGUCCCCUGACGUUCGUAUGCUCCGAGUGCCCAAAGAUCUUCUACAGGCAGGGCCUUCUGGCGCGCCACAUGUGCGUGCACACGGGCGAGACGCCGUUCGAAUGCCACGUCUGCGCCUACGGAACGAGUCACAAAAGCAACUUGGAGCGCCACCUGGCUGCCAGGCACGCCAUCGUGAAGGUGAAGCCACAAGAUCCGUCGUCGGACGACGAAGGGAGUUCCUCCGAUGAGGACUCCGGCAUCGGCACUGGCAACAGCGAUCGUUCUGACAGGCCCGCCUCCGCAGGGAGCGGGAGCGACGUUGCCAAGAAGCUUGGGUCCACCAAGGCUGGGACCAAACGCACACCCCUGAAGCGGCAAGUAUCCGGCCGUCCCGCGAAGAACCGUAUCUGGAUCCCGAAGAUUUCGGAGCAGCAGAUGACUGACGCUGUCAAGACAGCGCAGCUGGUCACACUCGGAAAGUUCUCGAGCGCCUACUGGAACAUCUCCACCCGUGACCUCCAAGAGGCCGGCCCGAGCGGUGUCCUGGUGGGAGGACCCGCGGAGCAGGGCCUCGGCACCCACACCCCGAAUGAUCUGGUCUCCGAGACUGAGUUGCCGCCCACCAUCUGGGAUGACGUAGAUGAUCUGACCUGGGACGCCGCCAUGGGGCUCCUCAUGCUCAGCGGGCCGUUCGCCCUGUCCAAGGGCCACCUGAACGGAGGGAUCGUUGAUUAGGCCUUAUUAAAGUUCGAGGGUUUGCCACCUUUUAAACUCUCAACUAACUUAAACUCUACGGGGGCGAGGCGGGAUGUAGAGGUAGAGGUUAAUCCUGAUCUUGAUCUCGUCUUGUAGAGUACGUUCGGUGCUAACGUGCUGGUCUUGAUUUUUUCCGUUCAAACGGUCUAAUACAUUUUUUUUUGCUCAUUUCAUGGGAUUUUAGUAUUAGUUGUGUAGCGCAGAAAUAAAAAUAUUAUAGCUUUUCUUUUUUAGCUAGAGUGCACAAUUAUACCCAAGUACAUUGUGCGCCGUAGGGAGGGGAUCACUAUUCCUCUAACUUUUGUUCGUAUCCCUCAAUUAGGAGACAUUACAUGUUUUUUUAGACGGGUCUUGCUGCCACCGUACCGAUUUUAAUUCCAACCUGUGUCUUGACUGCCGUAGUUUCUGCUUUUUGUUCCUUUCGCCGCAUUUCGUAAGCAUCUCAAUGUUUUGCAAAAAAAAA